CCACAAGAAUUUCUUCAAAGCACCAAUUUUUUCUUGAUCAAACCUUGACAUUCCAUACCCAAACCCCUCAUCAUCAUGUCUGGUGAACAAGAAGACCACAAGAAAUACUCUUUCCCCUACUUUUCCAGCUUUCAUCACCAGGAGGACCAAACUAUGCAUUUGUCAGAUCAUGAUCAAGGGUUUGCUUUCCCCAUCAUCACAGAUAAUCACACCAACAACUACAGUACCUUUAUGUACAACCAUCAACAGCAACAGCAACAACAGCAGCAGCAAAACCCUAACACUCUUGAGUUCGAUCAUCUAAAUAACCCUAAUCCGGCCGAUUUAAGCUUCUCAAACUGCCUUCAGUUGGGGGCCGCCGAUUAUAACACCCUCUCGAAUGCCUUUGAUCUCUCUUGUUCUUCUGUUGAUCAACAAAUCGCCAUUCCAAACAACAAUAAUGAUAAUAAUAAUAUUAAUAAAAAUAUUAUCACCAGCUCUGCUGAUGAUUUUGUGUACAAAGGGGUAGAUAUUGCAGGUGGGAGUGAAAAUCAGCAAACACAGAAUUCUUCGGGCUCGGUUUCUUCUCAUGAAGGUGGGGUCGAGGAGGACUCGUCCAAGGGAAGCAAGACUACUCUGCAGCCGAAAGACGGUGAAGAAGAAGGAACUGAUGGGAAAUCUAAGAAUGUCGGAAAAUCGAAAAAGAAGGAUGAGAAAAAGCAAAGGGAGCCACGAUUCGCCUUCAUGACCAAAUCCGAGGUCGACAAUCUUGAGGACGGAUACCGAUGGAGAAAAUACGGCCAGAAAGCAGUCAAAAACAGCCCUUUUCCCAGGAGUUACUACAGAUGCACAAGCCAGAAAUGUGGGGUGAAGAAGCGAAUUGAGCGGUCAUCACAAGACCCGUCGGUGGUAAUCACGACUUACGAGGGCCAACACAACCACCACAGCCCAGCCACCGUCCGUGGCAGCGCCGCCGCCAUGCUGACGCCAUCCCUCUUCCCGCCGCCGUUCAUGGGCGGCGGCGGAGGCUUCCCGGCCGAGCCGGACCUCCAGUUUUUCCCUUCGGCCCGCCAGCAGGUCCCGAGCUCCGGAUAUUUUUCCCAUUUCAUAAAUCCACAUCAGCACCAGGAGCCCAAUGACCAGUUUGGGCUUUUUAUCCCGGGCUUGAACAGUAAUAUCUCAUCUUCUUUCCUCCAUAAGCGCACCCAUCCGUGAUUAGCUGCUCAAUAAAUAACCUACGAAAAUGCCCUUUUUCUUUUGNUACGU